GCCUCCACCCCGCAUUACGCUAAUUCCCCAUACUCCUUAACACUUUCAUGCCCUUUCCAAUUAUUCGAUAUAGCCUCCCCAUAUUCAUGUAAUUUCGCAGCGGCAGCAUUUGGGAUUUCCACAUCACGCAGUAUUGAGAUCUGUUCCCCAGAAAAUGUCUUCCUCAGUCCCAAUUCCCUUCUCUGAGCCUCCUUGGCUCAUGGGUCUCCCCUCUCCAUAUUACAAUGCGUCGCAUCGGAAAUGGCAAAAAACGUGUCGAGCGCUCGUGGAUGAAUUGCUGGGUGAUGCGGGAGAUUGGGAAAAAGAGGGUGAUGUACCAGUUGAUCUCUACCAAAAGUUCGUCAGCGCCAACUUUCUAAUCCCCAAUCUUCCCUCUCCCCUCCCUGUAAAAUGGCUCAAGGAACUCGGGAUCACUCACCUCCCCGGCGAUCUCCCCGUCGAAGAAUUCGACUACAUGCACACCCUGAUCUUCACAGAUGAAAUGCAUCGAUCUGGAUCCCUCGGCCCCUCCGGCGCCAUAACCACCGGUUUCGCCUUCGGAGUCCCCCCAAUCCUAAAAUUCGGAUCCCAAGCCCUACAAGCCCGUUUCCUACCCGAUCUGCUCACCGGCAAAAAAAGAAUCUGCAUUGCGAUUACCGAGCCCGGCGCCGGAAGCGACGUCAGCGCCAUCGAAACGACAGCGCGCAAGAGCGAUGAUGGAUCGGAAUGGAUUGUUGACGGCUCCAAGAAAUGGAUCACGAACGGUCUCUGGUCUGAUUAUGCUACCAUGGCUGUUCGCACGGGCGGGGCGGGCCCAGCAGGUCUGUCGCUUUUGAUUGUGCCGUUACUACAGCAUCCGGGGGUGACGAUGCGCAGGAUAAAAGUAGGCGGACAGACGGCUGCGGGAACGACAUUUAUCGAGUUAGAUAAUGUGAGGGUGCCGCGCGAGAAUCUCAUCGGAACCGAAGGGUCGGGUAUGAAAUACAUCAUGCAGAAUUUCAACCACGAGCGCCUGAGCAUCUCCAUCUCCGUAAACCGGAUCGCGCGCACGGCGCUCAGUCAAGCAUUCGAAUACGUGAUGAAGCGCAAGGCGUUUGGAAAACCGGUCAUGGAUCAGCCGGUCGUGCGAAAUCGAUUGGCGCGCUGCGGAGCCGAGCUCGAGAGCCACUGGGCGUGGAUCGAAGGGUUUACGUGGAUGAUGACGCGGUUGGGAGAGGAGGAUGCGAAUCGUGAGUUGGGGGGCUUGACGGCGUUGGCGAAGGCAAAGGCGGGCAUGGUGUUGGAGAGUUGUGCGUCGACGGCGGUGUUGCUUUUUGGCGGGAAUGGAUAUACGAAGAGUGGGAUGGGGGAGGUGGUUGAACGAAUCUUCCGCGAAAUCCCCGGCGCCCGCAUCCCUGGUGGCAGUGAAGAUGUCAUGCUCGAUCUUUCCAUCCGACAACUAGUCAAGAAUUACCAAGCGAAGAUGAAGAUGAAGAACGAGCUGGAAGAAACUGGCUUGGAAAGACCGAGGGGGGGUUCGAAAUUAUGAGUUAGUUGAGGGAGGGGUAAAUGAUAGAUGAGGAGUGGGGAGAGAGAGCAGGGAGGAGGAGGAGGAGAUUGGUUUGGUUUGAUUUGACUGGUGGGAAUGAAUGAAUGAAUGAAUGAAUGAAUGAAUCGAUUCACAUUGUAAUUUAGAUACCUAAGUAGAAAAUAUUCUAUAUGUAUGAGUUCGAACGCUGUA